CAAAACAGGAGGAGUUGCUGAAAUUAGAUGAUCAGCGACCACACCGACACUGUGCUUCUAACAACAAAGUAAAUUCUACUUGUGCGUGUGUUUUUUUCAUCAUGGUAGCAGAAAGUUGAAAAAUGGGAGCAAUCACCGUUAUUAAAGGAUGGUCCGCAAACGGCAUGCUGUAUUCCACGUUCAUCUUGUACAUACCAGUACUUCUGUGUUCCUUCCAUGUUUAUUGCGCUGAUAGAGUUUCUUUGAGGCAUGGUGAGUGGAUUAGAGACAAUGAAGAAACUCUGGUUUCGCGUGGAAGAAAGUUUGAAUUAGGAUUUUUUGGUCCAAUUGGAAGUUCUGGAGACAAAAGGUAUGUUGGAAUAUGGUACACGUCGGAUAAGCAAAUAGUUGUAUGGGUUGCCAAUCGAGAUAGCCCGCUUAUCAAUACUACCACUGGAGCUUUCGGAUUUACAACAGAUGGCUACCUCACGGUAUUAGAUAUGAGUAGUGGGAUGGUUCAUUGGUCUUCUGGACUUGAUAGUUAUUAUUGGUGUGAUCCGUGUACAAGUACAGACUGGAUUCUGAAUCUCACGGAUUCUGGAAACCUGGUGCUAUUCGAUAAUGAGACAAGUCUAUGGGAGAGCUUUAAUAAUCCAACUGAUACAUUUCUCCCAAACAUGACUAUGAAUCGAUACAUGAAGUUGACUUCUUGGAGAGACCGUGAUGACCCUGGAACUGGGAACUUCACGUUUAUGCUAGAUACAGCAGGAAAUUCGAACACAGAAAUCAUCAACGAAGGGGGGAAUAUUUACUGGAAAAGCUUGGAGAAUGGUGGGUAUUACUCUAUCGUCACAACAACAAAAGGUCAAAAUAGGAAUGAUUUUGAGAAUGCAAGGUUGGUGAUGAAUUUUAGUGGGAAGAUAGAGUAUUGGGUACAGAACACAAACGGGACAUGGUACUUGGACGAUGUGGAGCCGAGAAACAAUUGUAGCAAGUAUAAUGUUUGUGGAAAAUUUAGUGUCUGUAAUUUAUACAACAAUAAAUUGGCAUGCAAAUGUUUGCCAGGGUUCAUGCCCUAUGUCGCUCAGAAGUGGAAUUUCGGAGAUUUUUCAGAUGGGUGCACCAGAAAAUCGACGUCCUGUGGCGACACCUUCUUAAACUUAAUGAUGAUGGAUACAGGGGAAAACCCAGAACAAAUGUAUCCGGUUGGGAACGAAACAGAAUGCAGAGCGUUGUGCCUUAAAAACUGCGUCUGCAAGUCUUAUUCAUAUAAUCAACGCUUCAAAAAAUUGCCAUGCUGGAUUUGGACGCAGGAUUCAGCUAAUCUUGAAGAGGAGCCUGUUUAUGGUUAUAACCUCUCCAUCCGUGUAGCAAUUUCGGAUAUAGAACCAACUGUACAAAAUUGUAAGCCUUGUGGCACAAACAUGAUCCCUUAUCCACUUAGCACUAGCUCAAAUUGUGGUGAUCCUAUGUUCUUCAGUUUCAAUUGCAACACAACCUCUGGCCAGGUUAGCUUCAACGCCCCAAGUGGGACAUAUCGAGUCACUAGUAUCGAUCAAAAUACAACGAAGUUUUUUAUCCAAGUCAAGGAUGUUGGAAGUCUGCGGCUAAACCAGUCAUUGCCAUUUAAUCAAACUACUCCAAGAAACUCUAGUUCCAAUGUUUCAUCUAGAGUUAGAGAUGAUGUUGAGAUUGUUUGGGAGCCACCACUGGAGCCACUCUGUAAUUUAUCUGCAGAUUGCAAGGAUUGGCCACAUUCAACUUGCAAAUCAGCGAUUGAUGGGAAGAGGAGGUGCCUUUGCACCAAAAGCUUUGGAUGGGAUGGCACAAAGUUAAGUUGUACGCAAGUUUCUUCACCAUCAGACAAAGGAAUGAUAUUGCUUCUGAUUGUUGGAAUAACUAGUGUGACUGUUCUCUGUGCCAUUAUAUUUAUCUACAUAUGGCGAAGGAAGACGACCAAGAGACAAGAAUCAGUUAACAGGGAAAGAAAUCAGGGAAACACAGCAUUUCAACUGUAUGACAGUGAACGAAGUGUCAAAGAGUUGAUCGAUUCAGACCAAUUUAGAGAAGAUGAUAAAAAAGGCAUAGAUGUACCAUUUUUCAAUUUGAAAAGCAUACUAGCUGCUACAGAUUACUUCUCAGAUACAAAAAAACUUGGACAAGGGGGCUUUGGGCCCGUUUACAAGGGUACAUUUCCAGGAGGACAAGAAAUUGCUAUAAAGAGGCUCUCAAGUGGUUCAGGGCAAGGCUUGGAGGAAUUCAAGAAUGAGGUUGUUUUGAUAGCUAAACUCCAGCAUCGGAAUCUUGUUAGACUUUUGGGUUAUUGCAUAGAAGGAGAUGAAAAAAUGUUACUCUAUGAAUACAUGCCAAACAAGAGUUUAGACUCAUUUUUAUUUGAUCGGACUCUAUGCGUGAUACUGAAUUGGAAGAUACGCUUUGACAUCAUUUUGGGAAUUGCUCGAGGGCUGCUCUAUCUUCACCAAGAUUCGAGGUUGAGGAUCAUUCAUAGAGAUUUGAAAACAAGCAAUGUUCUUUUGGAUGAGGAGAUGAACCCCAAGAUUUCUGACUUCGGCUUGGCAAGGAUAUUUGGAGGCAAACAAACUGAGGCAACCACGACAAGAGUGGUUGGGACUUAUGGCUACAUGUCUCCAGAAUAUGCAUUGGAUGGGUUUUUCUCAGUCAAGUCUGAUGCCUUUAGCUUUGGUGUAGUUGUACUUGAGGUUAUCAGCGGAAAAAAGAACACAGGAUUUCACCAGUCAGAACAUGCUUUGAGUCUUUUAGGUUAUGCAUGGAAAUUGUGGAAAGAAGGCAAGGCUUUAGAUUUAAUGGACCAAACAAUACGUGAAACUUGUAAUGCAGACGAAUUUUUGAGGUGUGUGAACGUUGGGCUUUUAUGUGUACAAGAAGACCCAAGUGAUCGUCCCACAAUGUCGAAUGUGGUUUUCAUGCUUGGUAGUGAAACUACAACUCUCCCAACUCCUAAACAACCAGCCUAUGUUGUAAGAAGAUCCCUUUCUAGCGCAACUUCUUCUGCUACUAAACCAGAAAGUUUGAAUGAAUUAACAUCUACCAUUGAAGAAGGCCGAUAAUGGUGGAUAGCAUAAGGGCUCUCAUGAUUCUUGUUUUCUCUUUAUCAGUCCUGCAGAAGUUUCUAGUAUUCUUACUAUGGUUCUCAUAGUAACAAUUAAGGCAUAUUUCUUGUCUGUCAUAUUGAUACUUCUUUUUUUUAUUGUCCCUGAUAAGUGAUAACAUUGUAUCCAAUGUAAGUCUGAUUGUUUCCUAUUUGAACCUCCUUUGUAUUUAUUGUACUUUAUUGACUUCUGAUUUUCUCUAA